AUGCCUCAGUUGCAGAUGCAGCCACAGAUGCAGACGGAGACGGAGACGGAGACGGCAGCUGAACGACAAGCCAGCCGUAGAGAUCGUCUGAAGCGGAAGCGAGAAGGAAGAGUCAUCUGUAAGGCUUGCACUGUCUGUCGAAUCAGAAAGACCAAAUGUGAUGGCCAACGGCCGCGAUGUGGUACCUGUCUGGCGCUACAAGUGGACUGCCAGUAUCUUGAAGACACUCGCCGCCAACCAAGACCAUCUUGGUCGACGGUGCAAAACCUGGAAGCCACAAUUGCUUCUCUGUUGAAGCAGGUCAACUCACACCAGGAGGACAGCUUGACCUCUCCCGGUCUGUCAAGCGAUGCUCAACGUAUUUCUGACGGGUCGCCCUCUGCCAACACUCUAUCGGUGUCAGACCACAAUAGAAAUCGGCAGAGGACAUCAGGGACGGCAGAUACAAAUCUUCAUAACGGGAGUGGUGCAUUUGAGUUCUUGGAUUCCAGGCACGUUGGUCCUGCACUUUUUCCACCCCGUGCCACUCCCAACCACUUACAGAGCAACUUGGACGACCCUAGCCAGGUCAGAAGUCAUGGAGAAGGUGGACUAGAAGGAGCAGAGGAAUCAGUAACCGAAGAUAGCUCAGGUCUCUCUCCCAGCGAGGCUCAGAUAGCUGGUCUCUUUCAACACAAUGGGAAGGUUUCCGUACAUGGAAUUUCCAGCUUCCUACAUCAAUCAGGAUCUCACGCCGCUCCGGACAAGGCCGAUUCCACUUUGAAUGUCCCUUGUCGUCGGCACAACGAAGCGGCAAGUGCUCGUUUAAUCAGCAACGCUUCGAUCCAACGGCAGCGAGAGCCUUAUCUCUUUCGAGGACCAAGGCUCAGCAUCGACUUUGACGGCGUGGAUCCAGAAAUGGCAAAGCAUCUGCUUGACCUCCAUUGGAAUCGACAACACUAUGCAUUUCUCUUGACAUACCGACCAGCCAUAAUGGGAGGCUUGUUCAACAAUGGACCAUAUGUCAACAAGCUUCUCCUCAACGCAAUUUACUACUCGAGCUGCCAAUACAGCGACAGAACAGAGAUACUGCGCUCGGAGCCGGACGAUCUCUCCACCUGUGGUAUCCGGUUCUACGACCGUUUCAGAAGCCUUCUUGUCGAAGAGAUUGUGAAUCCCAGCAUUCCCACGGCGACGGCAUUGCUUCUUUGUGGAGCGACAUUGGUAUCCCACGGGAAACCCAGCGCGGGGUGGAUUCUAUGUGGCAUCGCUUACCGGAUGGUGAUCGAUCUGGGGUGUCAUCUUGUGACCGACGCUCGUCUGCUGUCCGCCGAAGUACCUUCUGACCGGCAAAUCCUCACUGACAUGGAGAGAGAGAUGCGAAAACGCAUCUAUUGGGGAGCCUUCAUCACAGAUGCCACCCAGUCGCUCUACCUUGGCCGCAAGCCCAUUCUUCAUAACUCUGAUGCUCGGGUCCCACUGAUGCUCCUUGAUACCUUUGAGGAGCUCGAGGAGUGGACUCCGUACUUGGAUCCCCAGUCGCAACUUGGCGAUGCCAGCAUGAUGUCCCUGUCAAACUAUCAGCCCAAACCAGCCUAUGCCGUGUCUACAUUCCAGGCGCAAGCGAGACUCUUUCAAAUCUCGGCCAAAAUCACACGUGCUUUCUACGGAAUUGACAGCAUCGCACACUCAAGCCAUUACUUACGGGAAGCGAGACAACAGAUCAUGCAAGAACUUGACGAUUGGAAUGCUGCGCUCCCAAUCUAUCUACACUUCCGACCAGGCCUUGACCCAGUCCCACCCCCUCAUCAAUUGACGCCGCACACAUCCUACCGAACGUUGAACAUCCUUGUGCAACGCCCAUUUCUCGCAAACGGCCAUCUAAAGAAACACUCGGACGCGGAUGAAAAGGCCGAAGGAGAGAGAAUCUGUCUGGAGGCCGCGCUAGCCAUCUCCAAGCUCAUCAAAGCCUACCGAGCAACCUUUACCCUCCGUCGAGCGCCUUACCUGCUCUCGUACGCCGCAUACUCUGCGGCCGUGGUACUCCUGCACAAAGGCAAUGCCGAACGCACCCAGCUCAAGGGUGAGAUCAUAUUCUUCUGGACAGCUCUCUGCGAGCUCCAGCGUGGGUGCAACUUCGGCCUCCAUAAGCCGCUGUCUGUUCUCCGGCAGAUGAUGCGCGAGCUAGGAGAGGAGAGUGUCUCCUUUCAAACCGAGGAUGGUGGUGGUUCUAAUUCGCAGGUCUCGCGGAUGUUGGAGUCCUCGUGGACAGCCGCCGAGGAACGCGGUGGCGGGGAGCUGUUGAAUCAUCACGGGGAUGACAACCAGGUGUGCCACGGUGCAAGGUUUGCAGGCAACAACUAUUCCCACUCGGCGUCAAUGUCGGAUAAUAAUGUGGAUUUUGGCGCUGGGCCUGCCUCCCUGUUCACCAACGAUCAUCAUCAAGGUUUGAUGGAUGUUUGGGAUGAAGACGCGCGGAAUAUAUACGACGACAUGCUGUUUGGUCUGUUUGCUCCGCCGCAGCAUCUCCACUGA